AUGGAUACUCUUGAAGCUCUUGUUUACGCUCUCAUCUCCUUCUUCCUCUCUCUCCAACUCUUGUUCUGGAGAUUCCGGCCACGUUACACUGAAGUUACGUCUACGUUGAGGCUGAACCGCCACCUUAACAUCCGCGGCGGCCGUCUGACUUCCCGCAAGAGCUAUAAGUUUGAGUUCAUGUCUUAUAUGUCCAAUAAAGCCAAGUCCGUCAAUAAAGCACUAGAAGAGGCCGUUCCUCUCCGCCAGCCAGUUCUCAAGAUCCAUGAGGCUAUGAGGUAUACGCUUCUCUCGGAUGGCAAACGUGUAAGACCAAUGCUUUGCUUAGCUGCAUGCGAGCUCGUGGGCGGACAUGAGUCAACCGCAAUGGCCGCUGCGUGUGGGGUUGAGAUGCUCCACGCGUCGUCUCUCAUUCUAGACGACCUCCCUUGCAUGGACGACGACAGCCUCCGCCGUGGGAAACCCACUAACCAUAUAGUCUUUGGAGAAGGUAUAGCCAUAUUAGCUUCUGAUGCGCUCAUAGCUUUGGCUGUCCAAAAGGCCGCCACAUCAACUUUAUCGGACGUUCCUUCAGAGAGGGUUCUCAGGAGCGUUCAGGAGAUGGUGAAAGCAGUGGGGACGGAGGGGCUUGUUGCAGGUCAAGCGGCGGAUUUGGCUGGAGAAGCUGUCACGGGAGCUAUAAUGGGAGGUGGGUCGGAUGAAGAAAUAGAGAAGCUUAGGAGUUACGCAAGAUGCAUUGGUUUGAUGUUUCAGGUGGUGGAUGAUGUGCUUGAUGUGACGAAGUCAUCGGAGGAGUUGGGGAAGACUGCAGGUAAAGAUUUGAUCGUCGGNAAAUCAUAG